AGGCUCAGCUGUUUUUGAUUGAAUACUCUCCUUUUUAUAGCUAUUCUACUUUACUUCUUGUUGUAGUAAAUGCUUCAAUAUUCAUACUACAUUGGGUAGCAGAGCAGAAUAAUAUUAAAGGCCAUGGAUGAAUUUACUUCCGGAGUGGAAUCUGCAACAGUGUCAGUUCAAUCGUCUAUUAUCAAACCACGCUUCAGAGAUGAAGACACGGAGUUUUCGACAAUGGGCAUGUACGAGGAUGAUGAUAUAUUCCAUCAAGCUACGGCCUCUGUCAAAUUUGCGCUACCUGGAAGUAACAGAACAUUAUUUUCGAGAAGCAACUAUUACACGGGGUUAUUUUAUACCUUUUUGAGAUAUGUGCUUUCAUUGUGGUUUACAAUGUACCAAUAUUAUCUUUGGAUUGACAGUCAGUUGAAAGAAUGGUGUACAAUCACGACCUCGCUGAUGUGGCAGUUGUUAAUGCUUAUUCCAUUUCCAGAAGAUGUUUCCGUAGUUGGCCCAGCUUCUGUACAAAGCGCAACUUCGGUCCGGACCAUCAAAAGUCCGUCUUCUAUUAAAGCACGGGUGCUUGAUUCUUUCAAUCAAACUAGAAUGUUGCCAACAAAGAUUGGAAACUUGCUUCUUGAAAAGUCUUUACUGGCCUCUGUCCCAAGAAACAGACUACAAAUUCGUCAAGUUACCGGCCGACUAUACGUUCCUGAACACGUUACAUUCAUUUUUGAGAUGAGCGCCUUAGUCGUCCCGCAGCCACCAGAAGUUCCUGUUCCUUUUCUUGACUAUGAAAAGAGAAUUGUGGUACCCGAGAAGAAGGAGGUGGCUAAAGUGUUAGCAAAGAGAGCAGAAUGGUCUUCAUUACACCACACCCAUAAAGCAGCCGAGACAUUCAGGGUUAUCUACGAGGCUGCCAAAUGCAUUUCAUGGGCAGCUUGCUCAGGAGUUCGAACAGUUACUGUUUUUGAGUCAAACGGAUAUGCUUGGAAGGACAUGCAAAAGAUGCUUGGCGUUUUAGCUGAGGAACUGAAAAACCUCACAUUGGAGAGCUACCAAGUUUCUGAUUCAAUCAAAUUGGUGAAUUUGGACACAGGUGAGAUUUUUAGAGCCUACGAUCAAGAGGAGACAUUCUCACAUGACUCAGCCAAAAUCCAAAUACAGACAGAGCCACAAACAAAGAGUUACAACGAUGACGGUGAAAAGCAAGGGGCGGAUGUUUUGGUAGAUAAUGUCAAAUUGAGGUUUCGGGAACAGGAACACGCUGCAGAGAAAGAAGAACCAGAGGUAUUCAUGAGCGGAGUUCAUACGAGCGAGUUGUCGGAGGAGCAUAAUGGUAUUGAAAGAAGAACAGGUAUUUCUGAACUUGAGCCAGUUCCUGAAUCCAUUGUCGAUGACAGCGUUGGAAUUGAUUCUAUGGACCCAGGAAGUGCAGAUUUGUGUCACACUUUUCGGACAAAUUUAACAAUAUUUUUCAUGUCCAACAAAACGACCAACCCUGCUGCUUUCAGAGCUCUUCAAAUUAAACAAGAGGUUAAAAAAAGAUUAAGCGAUUCUUCUCUCACCACCGCAUUGGCUGACUCAGAGGACGAAUUUGUGCAUUACCCGAUAAACCCCGAUUAUACUGUUUCGUAUACUGAUCCGGAGCUUAUUUUUAAGUUCUGCACUUCAAACCAGAUGCCUUACUCGUUGAGUGGGUACCCACUGGUUGUCAGUAAUGAUAGCAACUAUGGCCCCACCACAUUUCCAGUUUUUCUCUCCGAGUCACGUCCAGCAAAUUUUCCCCAAUUUGUGAGAGGGCUCGUAAGGCUCAACUCCGUUUUGCGGGAAGACGCCAAAAAUUCAUGCAGCGAAGAAUAAAAGCUCUGCGAAUAAGACUUGGAAUGAUAAAGCUCAGGAUAAGGCUUUAAACAAUUGCCCUCGCGUUUUGCCUCCCUAUGGGUGUCCUCUUUUUUCUGUUUGUCUUUGCUGCCUCCAUAUCAUCUAUU